AUGGCGCCAAUAGGGAUAAUGGCUCGACUCAAAAGUCUCUAUUCCAAGCAGGAUGAACCUGCCCUGUCAGAAAAGACGGUCGCUUUUCUGUCUGUCAUUCUCACACUACUCUACGUGGUACCAUUCUAUCUCUCCCCAACAACCCGUCCAUCCCCAACUCUCAGUCGCGAUGCCCCAUCCGUGAUUCGCGCCCGCAUCCGCGCCGUCACGGGCUCAUGUAUUGUCGCCUCAUUAUUCGUCCUCUGGCUCAUUGUCGAGGAAGAUAAUUCUUCCAUCGGCGCUGGCAUCAGACUCCUCGGCUGGUGGCCCGUCGGCCUGCUAGAGACGCUUCGGAGUCUUCUACUAACCAUGAUUCUAUUCCUGGGCCCACUCUUUGAGCGUGGUAUUGUCGAGGGCGAGUGGAAGUUCUGGUUCCGUCCCAGCAAGCUCGCCGAGAGUCUCGGUGGCUGGAUUGGCUGGAGGAAUUUCGUCGCGGGUCCUUUCACUGAAGAAGUCAUGUUCCGAUCCGUGAUGGUCCCGCUGUAUUUGCUAGCACAUACCUCGCCGGGCCGGAUCGUCUUCAUCGCACCGCUGUGUUUCGGCAUCGCGCACGUGCACCAUUUCUAUGAGUUCCGUCUGACGCACCCAGAUACCCCAGCUAUAGCUGCGCUACUGCGGUCGCUCUUCCAGUUCGGAUACACGACUAUCUUCGGCUGGUAUGCGACUUUCGUCUAUUUGCGGACGGGCUCGUUGCUCGCCGUUGUUCUCAUCCAUAGUUUCUGUAACUGGUGCGGAUUACCGCGGUUCUGGGGACGUGUUGAGGCUGGUGAGACUAUUGGUCCCCCUAUGACAAGGGGAAAGGAGGAUUCUGACGAUGGUGGUGUUGGGGUUCAGGGUGAUUUGGGUGUUGGGUGGACGAUUGCUUAUUAUGUGCUUCUUGUUGCUGGGGCGGUUGGUUUUGCUCAGGGUUUGUGGCCUUUGACUGAGUCUUAUCAUGCUCUAGUUUCAUUUUCGGGGGGCUCGAACUAG